GAAGAAUAGUUGGAUACCAAUAUGGACCAUGCAAGAUCGUCUACCCAUUCACUAGAUUUAGACAAAGUUCUUGAAUCUAUCAGUAGAAUUCGUCCAACGGUGCCAGAAUCUUUUGCAGACGGGUUACUGCAUGCCAUAGCAUUUAAUGAUUUCAUUAAGGAGUUAGAAAAUCUUUCCCGCAGUGUAGAAAUCAUUCCCAUAGAUCAAUUCAAGGAACAUUCUGGAACUGUGUGUGCUUUCGAAGUUGAAGUUGGAAUUCAGAAAGGGAACAACUUUAAAGUUAUCGAGAAGGAUUCCUUACGAAGGCAUGAAUUUUUAUCACCGCGAAAAACCUUCCCUAGGGCGUUCCUAAUAGACAGUGAUUCCAUAUAUGUUGCUGAUGCCAAGUGGGCAGUGUACAAAGAAUUCCAAUUUCAAAUAGAUUCGGACAACAUUUGUCUACAGCAUACAUGUGAGGAUUACGAAGAAGUAGCUAAAGUGUGUGCAGUUCAUGCGAUUUCGUCUUUUACUGAAAAACUAAAAUCUAUCACAGAGGCUGUUCCAGUGAAUGACAUUUCUUCAAUUGUCCAUGAUGCUGCUUGGAAGUCUUUAGCAAAAGAAAACAUCAGAGACAUAUGUAGAGAAACUGUGAUCAAAAGCGAGAGAGAAACUGUUGGUAAUGUAGGAAGCCCGAGCUACAUAAGCCAUUUCUCACCAACAGUAAACGGUCUGAAAAAAGUGUUAGUUAAAGAAACUUUGAAAAGUGUAGGACAGGAUUUGAGUUCAGAAAUAUGCAAAGGCCUUCUAAAACAUAUUCAAUCCAAAGUUCAGCAAAAUUUACAACACAACAUUGAAAACCUCAAAAUUUCGAUAGCCGAAGAAAAUUUGAAGGGAGUUGUUGUUGUUAUAGGAACAAUCAUUGUUUCAUUAUUCUUACCCCUCUUUGGAAUAAUUAUUGCUGCCUUCACAUUCAUAUAUACAAUAUUUGCUUCCGUGGAUAUCAAUUCAUUGUCAUGGCGUAACAAAGUGGCAGAUGAAAUUUAUCAAACAAUUUGCAACAAAAGAGAUGAACUUUUGAAGAAUGUCAUACGUGAGAUGGAAGAAAUAUGCAGAAAAGCAAUCGCGGAAUUAGAGAAAGCUCACAAAAUAAUCAAAGAUCAAAAAGGCGAAAUAAUCUUGGUUUCCCAAAGUGAGCUUGCAAAGGAGUGGAGGAGACGCGAAAUUGUGCAAAGCGCAGUUACCGAUCUGAAUAAAUAUCCAUCAGUUUUGAAUUUCAUUGUCGGACGAAAAUUGUCAAAACCGGUUGUAAAAGUAUUUGUAUCAAAAAAUGACAAGAAAGCAGAAAUGUUCCUCGAAACAAACAGAGACAUCCCAGACGGAACAGUUUUUGAAUUUGUUAACGUCACUGAAAGAUCGAAAGAGGGCAACAAAAGAAUACAAAAACUUGUGAAACAAGCACCUGCAAUCGACAGGCCUACAAGAGAACAUUUGUGUAAAUUAAUAACUGAAAAUGGUACAGGUAUUUAUGCAAAAUAUUCCAACGUCAUUUCGAUCGGAAUGAGUCCCGUCCUCUCCGACGGUACCAACACACCAUGCAUCACUUUGUAUUGCUUGGAUAAAUAUUUGAUACCAUAUGGUGAAAAACCUCUUCCUGAUUCCAUUCAAGGCUAUCCUUGUGAUAUCAGAGAAGAUUAUGUUCAACUUGGGUGUGGCCAUAACUGUGACGUUUUAGAUCUAGGUUGCAGUAUUGGAUUACCUUCGGGACUCUCCACUGGUUCUGCCGGAUUUUUGGUGAAGUCAAAUGAUCAAAUUGCUUCUCCAAAAAUUGGUUUCCUUACCGCUGCUCAUGUUGCAGUUUCAGAGUUUGAAGAAUUAUAUAGAAAAAAGGAACGACUUUCUGAAUGUGUCCUUUUGGGCUAUCCGUAUGAUGUAGUACAUCCUUCACGGUUAGACAGUUGGAAUUCUAAAAUCGUUGGUAACGUCGUUGAAUCAUUUUGUGGAAAUCGUGAGUCCGUUGGAAUGGAUGCGGCUUUUGUUAAGCUGAACCAACCCAGAUUUAAAAAACACACUGUUCUAGAGAUUGCCCAUGAAACCUCUUUACGGUAUGAUGGCAGCGAGGAGGUUCACAAAAGAGGCCGAACAACUAACGAAACUGUAGGAAUUUUAAUGAGUGUAGGAGAAUCUGUCCGUGUAACGUCAAAGAAGUAUAAUGUCUACCAAACAUUCGAAAACUGUUACGUUAUUGGUGAUAAAGAGAACGGCAUUUUUUUCGACGAGGGAGAUUCUGGAUCUGGCGUGUUUUUAAAAGACAGAACCGAAGACAAAUUAAAGCCUCUUGGAAUCGCAUUUGCUAAAAGGAAAAUUGAGUCAGGAACAUUUGUGUGCAAAAUUGAUAAAAUUCUUCAGGAAUUUAACAUAUCCGUGAUUGAAAAAGGGGUGGAACACAUGGCCACAUCUUGGCCCUUCUAUUAUCGUUAAAUGAUAUGGAUUUCUGAUUUGCAUUUUACCAAAUCUAAAGCAAGUAUCAGUUGAAUUCGAAGGAUUACAUUCGCUUUAUCUUGUCAGCUUCCAUGUUUAAUUUUUACCAAUUGAUGGAAUAUUUAGAAUACGUUAUUUCCUGGACUGUAAACAUGUAGUACAUAUUAUUCGAAAUGUUUAUUAUGUUUUGUAUAUCUUCUAAUCAUCAUUGUAUUUAUGGUAACUCUUUACAAUGUCAACCAGUAAAGACACAAAGAAUUAUAUUAGUCAUUAUUGGGGCAAAUUUAAAGACUACUUUUUUUCAUAAUUAACCAAGUUGUAUCUUAAUGGAACGGUAUUGUUGUGAUGAAGUAGAAAAUAUGCAAAAUGUGUCGGACAUAUAUAUAAGAAUCCAAAGAACGUGAGGCUACACAAAGCAAUACAUGAUCAUUAUCUUUUCCUUCAGCAUGUUGAAUGUAACAUUGAAAUGUAAUAAUGAAUUUUCACUAGUUCAAUAGCCCCAUUUACAUACCUUUCAUCAAUAAUUUAAAGUGUAUUUUCUUUUUAAAAAACAAGAUCAUAUGAUAACAUUUCUCGACUGAAAUGUUGAGAUGGACCCUGAAUGUCGAUUUUUUUAUGUGACGGUUGAGGUUGGAAGGUCAUGGAAGCCCAAGGCACCUAAAAUACUAAUCUCAUGAUCAAUAUUUCACAUCUAGUAUUCUAACUCAUACUCCAAGCUCCUUCUUUUAAAAACGAAAGUCUUCAAAAACACGCUUCAGUGUUAAACAAAUUUGAUAUCCCAAUCAAUGGGAGCUACCGUACCUAUACCAACAUCCUUGCAAACAGAGAUACAUUGCUGGAUCCAGUAAAUGUUCUACUAAACCGCAAUCUUUACUUCUCACAAAAAUAUUAACUACUUUGAAUUAGAAACUUUAGACGUAUUGUACCGCAACAUACGCGCUAACGUACAGAAUUUGAUGUAACAGCUAGAUGUAAAAGUUGCUGCUAUGGCUGCAUUCAGAUUGUAGUGGCCGGACUAGACUAUUGUUGGGUAUUGAUUCUGUUGAUUUUGGAAAGUUUUGUGAUUUGAUAUGUACUAAAAUGCAGCCAUAGUAGUAACUUUUACAUCUACCUGUUACACCAAAUUCUGAUAUUAAAAAAACUAUUUAUGCUACUUAUAAUGAAAAGAAAUUAAAUUAUGCGCUAACUUAUUUAAAUAGUUGAUGAUAGUUUACAAGGUGGGUACAGGCAUCUACUAAAGUUGUGGUUUUAGAUGCAUGUCACUGUGACAUGUAUACAUCGUGUUCAAAGGACAUUCGAACUUGCAACUUUUUCGUUGUCGUUUUCUUAUAUGAUUUUUUUUAAAUGUUGUAUGAAUGCAGAUAUUAAUAAUGCACAUAUUAAUAAUAUCUGAUCUUUAAACACCUGACAAUAAUUACCAAAGUUGUUCUUUACUCAAAAGGUGGACUCAGCCAUCCUUGCCAAAGAUGGAGACUUUUUAUCAUAUCGUGCGUAAUUUGUUUUGUCUCACUCUCCGAUCAAAAUAAUGAUAUAAUAUCAGGAGAUUCCUAUAUUGUACAUGUUAUUCCAACAGAAAAUCUAAAUAUGGCUUUCCUCCGGAUAAAAUCGCAAAAGUCGAGGCUCUAUCUCACAGCAAGUGGCACGGUAAAGAUCCCUCCCUGCUCAAAGGCUGUAAGUUUUGCUACACUUACCGGCAAUGGUGACGUCUCUAAAUUAGGGGAAAAAACUCUUGAGAGGGACAUUAAAUACUUUAAUCAAUUAAUCUUUAAAUUAUACUGAUUAAUACAUUUAUUUGUUGCUAUUGUUUGUUUGUUUGUUUUUUAUUGUGUGUUCGUUUGUUUGUGUUUUUUUUUAAUUAUUCUUUGAUUUGGAUUUUGUUUUGGAGAGAUUGAGGUUAUUUCUCUUUUUCUUCGUUUGUGUUAAUACAUACAAUUUUUGCAUUACAUGUAUUUUUAACAGAGGACGCACUACACUUGGAAUCACGUGACAAAAUAAUCACAUGAUAUAGACAGUCAUUCUCGUUUCCCUGAAAGGUUCUGGCUACAAGUGAUACAUCACACUCUUUUCAUGGCCCACUGGCUGUUUAUCUUUUAUUUUACCUCUUAUUUUACAGAUUUUAUCGUAUUUUUACAGCCUUUCUUACUUUUGAUUCCAUGUUUACUUUAAAUCCCCACCACGUGAUGUCCUACAUCCAUACGCAUAUUACGAACUAUGUCCGAAUUUAGGAUCAGAAAACAACAAUUUUAAACAAUUUACAGUAAGCCUCAAUUUAAUUGCACAAAACGUAUUUCUUGAUAUGACUAAAUAUUUAUUCCAAAACAUAAAUGUAGGAUAUUCGACAGUUUUACAAGAUUUCUGUAAAUUAACGGUUGAAAGAGGUAUAGUGCGAGUAGCGCACAGAAAUCUGGGUAGAGAAUGACAAUUUCUGUUGUCCAAACUACAUGCUUACGUACACGCCGUUCAAACUGUUGUUUUGUUUUGCCUAUCACAGUGCAAGUUUAUUGAUAUUUUUCAUAUCUUUAUGUAUAGACAAUCGAUGGUUCACAGGUGAUUUUCAUGAUUGAUGUCUGUAAUGUUUUAAAGUUUAUCGGUUACAGCAGUUUAAGGCCAGGUUACAUGUACAUGUUGAUAUUUAAUAUCGAACAUUAACAUAUUUGAUGAUGCAGUAUAAUUAUCUAUAGCUUGGUGUAUAUCUAAUCAUUUUUUAAAUUUGAUAAUCGAAUUUCAGAAAUAGAUAAAACUUACGUUUGAAAUUUAAUAUCAUGGUCAUAAAUCAGAUUCAUUUUUGUAUGGAUGGAAAACGUUUACUGUCAUGCUUUUAUAGAAUUGUAUUCUAUCAGAAUGUUAAUACCUGUUGUUUGAUAUCACUUUCAGAUUUUCAUUAGAUGUUGUGUGUUCACUAUACUGAAUAAAGCCUCGUCUACAAACA